GGGAAGGGGGGGUACUUGGGCAGCGGCUGGGCUCUGUGGCUUCAGGGCUCGGAAAGAGAGAGAGAGAGGGAGGGUGGCAAAGAGAGUGAGUUGGUUCCGCUGCCUGCCUGCACGGAGAGGAGGGGUCCCGCUUGCCUGCGCCCUUCGCGGGCCGAGAGCGCUAGGCACCCGCGAACCUCUGAGGCCUCCUGGCCCCUGGGGACCCCGCCCCGCCGCCGGCCGGCUGGCCUGCGGCCUCUCUUCCCUUUGUGAGCGCCCCCUUCCCUGGGGUGGUGGUGGUGGUGGUAGCGGAGGGCUGUGCGUGGGCCCUCCCGCCGAGGGGCCGCGGCGGGGGACCGACAGGGCCUCGGCUGUGUGAAGACGGGAGGCGGCCGAGGCCCAGGCCGGUUCCCCCGAAGCGGCGGCGGCUCCUGGCACUUCCCGCGCCAUCUUAACUAAGCCCAAGCGCUGAAGGCGCCUUCUCAACCCCUGUUGUCCCCUCGACCCCCCCCCCCCGCGCCGCCCCUUGUCGCAGAGCUUGGGCUGGGCGGCACGCAGGGGCGCCCGGGGGGGGGGGCGGCGGUGUGUCGCCAGGCCCCCUCCUGCUCACUCUUCGUCUUCCAGCGUAGCAGCUACCCCCGAGCUGUAGGGGGCUGCGCCUGUCUGCUCCGCCCAGACCUGUCGGCGAAAGGAGAAAGAGGAAGGAAGAGAGAGAAAGGCAUUGAUGUGAGAGAGAAACAUUGAUUGCUUGCCUCCCAUUCGUGCCCGUGCCCCAACUGGAACCCCCCAACCAAGUAGUUUAUGCCAGUGUGGCUUCAUUCAUACAGAUGAACCAAGGACUGGGAUAGCAAGUAUAAAAUUAGAAUCAAACAGCUGAUUGCCUAGCAGGAUGCCAUCAACUAACCGAGCAGGCAGCCUGAAGGACCCUGAAAUUGCAGAACUGUUCUUCAAAGAAGAUCCAGAGAAGCUCUUCACAGAUCUCAGAGAAAUUGGCCAUGGAAGCUUUGGAGCAGUGUAUUUUGCACGAGAUGUACGUACCAAUGAAGUGGUGGCUAUUAAGAAAAUGUCUUACAGUGGAAAGCAGUCUACUGAGAAAUGGCAGGAUAUUAUUAAGGAAGUCAAAUUUCUACAAAGAAUAAAACAUCCCAACAGUAUAGAAUAUAAAGGCUGCUAUUUACGUGAGCACACAGCAUGGCUUGUAAUGGAAUAUUGUUUAGGAUCUGCUUCAGAUUUACUGGAAGUUCACAAAAAGCCAUUACAAGAAUUGGAAAUAGCAGCGAUUACACAUGGUGCUCUCCAGGGAUUAGCCUACUUACAUUCUCAUACUAUGAUUCAUAGAGAUAUCAAAGCAGGAAAUAUUCUUCUGACAGAACCAGGCCAGGUGAAACUUGCUGACUUUGGAUCUGCUUCCAUGGCAUCUCCUGCCAAUUCUUUUGUGGGAACGCCAUAUUGGAUGGCCCCAGAAGUAAUUUUAGCCAUGGAUGAAGGACAGUAUGAUGGCAAAGUAGAUGUAUGGUCUCUUGGAAUAACAUGUAUUGAACUAGCGGAAAGGAAGCCUCCUUUAUUUAAUAUGAAUGCAAUGAGUGCCUUAUAUCAUAUAGCCCAAAAUGAAUCCCCUACACUACAGUCUAAUGAAUGGUCUGAUUAUUUUCGCAACUUUGUAGAUUCUUGUCUCCAGAAAAUCCCUCAAGAUCGCCCUACAUCAGAGGAACUUUUAAAGCACAUGUUUGUUCUUCGGGAGCGCCCUGAAACAGUGUUAAUAGAUCUCAUUCAAAGGACAAAAGAUGCAGUAAGAGAGCUGGACAAUCUGCAGUAUCGAAAGAUGAAGAAACUCCUUUUCCAGGAGGCACAUAAUGGACCAGCAGUAGAAGCACAGGAAGAAGAAGAGGAACAAGAUCAUGGUGUUGGACGGACAGGAACAGUGAAUAGUGUUGGAAGUAAUCAAUCUAUUCCCAGUAUGUCCAUUAGUGCCAGUAGCCAAAGCAGUAGUGUUAACAGUCUUCCAGAUGCCUCAGAUGACAAGAGUGAGCUGGAUAUGAUGGAGGGAGAUCACACAGUGAUGUCCAAUAGUUCUGUCAUCCACUUAAAACCUGAGGAAGAAAAUUACAGAGAAGAGGGAGAUCCUAGAACAAGAGCAUCAGAUCCCCAGUCUCCCCCACAAGUAUCUCGUCAUAAAUCACAUUAUCGUAAUCGGGAACACUUUGCUACUAUACGGACAGCAUCACUGGUUACAAGGCAAAUGCAAGAACAUGAGCAGGACUCUGAGCUUAGAGAACAGAUGUCUGGCUAUAAGAGAAUGAGGCGGCAGCACCAAAAGCAGCUGAUGACUCUGGAAAAUAAGCUAAAGGCUGAGAUGGAUGAACAUCGCCUCAGAUUAGACAAAGAUCUUGAAACUCAGCGUAACAAUUUUGCUGCAGAAAUGGAGAAGCUUAUCAAGAAACACCAGGCUGCUAUGGAAAAAGAGGCUAAAGUGAUGGCCAAUGAGGAGAAAAAAUUCCAGCAACAUAUUCAGGCCCAACAGAAGAAAGAACUGAAUAGCUUUUUGGAGUCCCAGAAAAGAGAAUAUAAACUUCGAAAAGAACAACUUAAGGAGGAGCUGAAUGAAAACCAGAGCACUCCAAAAAAAGAAAAACAGGAGUGGCUUUCAAAGCAGAAGGAGAAUAUACAGCAUUUCCAAGCAGAAGAAGAGGCUAAUCUUCUUCGACGUCAGAGACAAUACCUAGAGCUGGAGUGCCGUCGCUUCAAGAGAAGAAUGUUACUUGGACGCCAUAACUUAGAACAAGAUCUUGUCAGGGAGGAGUUAAAUAAAAGGCAGACCCAGAAGGACUUAGAGCAUGCCAUGCUACUGCGACAGCAUGAGUCCAUGCAAGAACUGGAGUUCCGUCACCUCAACACAAUUCAGAAGAUGCGCUGUGAGUUGAUCAGAUUGCAGCAUCAAACUGAGCUCACUAACCAGCUGGAAUAUAAUAAGCGAAGAGAACGAGAACUAAGGCGCAAGCAUGUCAUGGAGGUUCGACAGCAGCCUAAGAGCCUGAAGUCUAAAGAACUCCAAAUAAAAAAGCAGUUUCAGGACACCUGCAAAAUCCAAACCAGACAGUACAAAGCGUUAAGAAAUCACCUACUGGAGACUACACCAAAGAGUGAGCACAAAGCUGUUCUGAAACGGCUCAAGGAAGAGCAGACCCGGAAGUUAGCCAUCUUGGCCGAGCAGUACGACCACAGCAUUAAUGAAAUGCUGUCCACACAAGCUCUACGCUUGGAUGAAGCACAGGAAGCAGAGUGCCAGGUUUUGAAGAUGCAGCUGCAGCAGGAACUGGAGCUGUUGAAUGCAUAUCAGAGCAAAAUCAAGAUGCAGGCUGAGGCACAACAUGAUCGAGAGCUUCGGGAGCUUGAACAGAGGGUCUCCCUCCGCCGGGCACUCUUAGAACAAAAGAUUGAAGAAGAGAUGUUGGCUUUGCAGAAUGAACGCACAGAACGAAUAAGAAGCCUGCUGGAACGUCAAGCCAGAGAGAUUGAAGCUUUUGACUCUGAAAGUAUGAGACUAGGUUUUAGUAACAUGGUCCUUUCUAAUCUCUCCCCUGAGGCAUUUAGCCACAGCUACCCAGGAGCUUCUGGUUGGUCCCACAACCCUACUGGGGGUCCAGCACCUCACUGGGGUCAUCCCAUGGGUGGCCCGCCACAAGCUUGGGGCCAUCCGAUGCAAGGUGGACCCCAGCCGUGGGGUCAUCCCUCAGGGCCAAUACAAGGGGUACCCCGAGGUAGCAGUAUGGGAGUCCGCAAUAGCCCUCAGGCUCUGAGGCGGACAGCUUCUGGGGGACGGACGGAGCAGGGCAUGAGCAGAAGCACGAGUGUCACUUCACAAAUAUCCAAUGGGUCACACAUGUCUUAUACAUAACUUAAUCAUUGAAAGUGGCAAUUCCGCUGGAGCUAUCUGCCAAAAGAAACUGCCUACAGACAUCAUCACAGCAGCCUCCUCACUUGGGUACUACAGUGUGGAAGCUGAGUGCAUAUGGGAUAUUUUAUUCAUUUUUGUAAAGCGUUUUAUUUUGUGUUUACUAAUUGGGAUGUCAUAGUAUUUGGCUGCCGGGUUUUUUGUUGUUUGUUUUUAACUUUUGGAGAGAUUUUGAGAAGGAACCGUGUGCGUGCACACAUACGUCAUGCGUGCGGUAAAAAAAAAUUGGCUAGAUGGGUAUUUUCUCAACACUGUAAAAAUAAAAUACAGCAAAGUGGCUUGACUCAUCACUUUGGGGUAACUGUAUCCUAGGAAGUUUGUGAAAAGAUCUAAAGCCUUCUCCAUACCCCUAGUUCUUACAAGCCACUCAAUAGUAGGCAACAUAUGCUGGAGCAAAUUAUGGAAACACACUUGUAUUCCCUCACCAGUAUAUUUUUUUUAUUAAAUUGUUCUGACUUCUCAGCCUCAUUUGGAGUAAAAACGUGGAAAGCCAUGAACACUAAAGGGUUACAUUAGUUUUUUCAGAGAGUAGGAAACAACUUAGUUCUUUUUCUGAAUGCUGCAUAGGCUUGUCAGAGAAUUUUAUUUUUUCCAUUCAACUGUGCCUUCUUUGUGGCAUGUGAAAUGGAGGUGCUUAAGGAGAUCACAAGUGGUGUGGGAACUGCAUCAACAAACCUGUAAGCCUUUCAAGGAGAAGACCAGAAGGGUGAGAGAGAGGCCUCUGAAAGUUCAUAUUGUGGGUAUGUUCAGCAGCAGAGUGAAGAGGUGAAGCCUAUAUAUCCUAAUGUUUUGUUGCUUAUACUGUGAUAUUUCAUCCUAGCUAAACUCUAGCUCUCAAAACCCCAAACAGUACCUUUACUUUGUACAAAAACAGAAUUAUAGCCAAUAUUCAUCAAAUGCCAGAGGUAUUUGAAUGAUGCCAUAUUCGCGAACUGCCAUUAAUGGAAUUGUCAUCACACUACAAAUACAUUAAUUUGAUCACCCCCUUAUGGCUUAUGGGAUUUCCUGUUUACACGUAGAAUAGCCAAUUGUUUAAAGUUUAGUUGCCAUAGUGAACCAGGAGUCACUGAGCCAAUGACUUUACCAGCUGCUGACUAACCCUCACUACCACUGUAGAUUUUGCUGCAUGUGCAGGUCCUCUCUUUUUUUUUUAAUUGCUGUUUUUGUUGCUGCAAUACUUUACAAACUUCUAGUUCCUUGAGACUUAGUGACCAUUUGGCAUUAUUUAACAUCAUAUAGUAGGAAACACCACUUCCUGAAGUCUCUAGCCUCAGUGCUAAAUUACUACUGAAAAGGAACUAACAAGUUUGGCAGAUUAAAAAAAAAAAAGUAAGUUGUAGUGGUCAAGGAGUCUCUUGACAAAAGCUAACCAUUUUCUUUUUUUCCAGAGAGGGGCAUGUGUUAAUUUGUUUUGUUUCGUUUUUGUUCCGUUUCGUUUUGCAAUGAAGGAUCAAUCCAAUGCUGAAAGUCAGAUGUUGCUUGGUAUUUCCUUGCCAGUGCAGAAAUUUAGUUGAAGGUGGAUAGGGAGCUGUGAGUAUUACUUGAAGAAAAAACAAAUGUCCUUUCCAAUGACAUAUCAGAUUUUCUUACAGGUUACUGUCCUGCCCCCUCCCAGUUGUCUUGAAGAAAGAACCCUUGCUGCUAACUCUGGAUCCUGCUUUUCAUAUAGUGAUAGGGCUCCAAGUUAGAAGUCUCCUAAUUCCUCCAAAAGAUGCUUUUCACCUAGACCAGACUAAUGACCAAAUGGGAGUCUAUGGUUGUUGAAAUCUUGGUUUUCUCAGUUAAAUUUGAGUCUUUCCCAGGCAUAUCAAUCCAAUCUCCAUGAAUCAUCCCCUUAGGAGUUUCUGGCAUUUAGUUAAAGGUAACUGGAAGAAAAAUGUUUUAAAGUAAAUAUUUUAAAAACCAAUAUCACCAUAGAAUUUCACACAGUUUUAGGCAGUGUUUCAGGUAGCACUCUCAUACAUUGUCCUCUUGGCCAUGCUCAAGGUCACCAGUUUUUAGGUGAGCGUGACAUGUACUUGUCAUAUCUAAUGAAAGGGGCUUUUAAUUUUCUCAAUAUAUCUUUUGCACUCAAAUAUCAUAGUAUUUCAAACAAAUUGAAAUAUCUACCUAUUUAGAGGAAAAUGAUAGAGCUUUAGAAUUAAUAAAAUGUCCAGAAAUAUAAUAGAAUUUGAUACCUUUUUAAAAGUUCUUAUUAGCCCCUCUGUACUGCUAGAGGGGUGGAAUAGGGAAACAGAUGGGUUUUAUAUACAAAACUCUUUAAAAUCUGAAAGACUGCCAAUGGUACAUGUUAAAGUCCACAUGCGGACUUAAAUUGGUCAAAUGGAGUUACUGGGUUCACACAGGCCAUGUGUACUUACAAAAUCGUGAUUGAAUACUGAUUCCAAAUGUCUAUCCAGUGGGGCUUUGUCCAGUUUUACAUGUAGGUCAUGAGUAUACCUGGACUAUUCCAUGGAGUUAAUUUUAAUUUAAAAAUGAUACAUAUUAAUUGGUUUAUGUGUAUUUAUAAGAUCUAACUUCUGAGAAAUCUCAUGCAUAGUAGGAAUCACUAAAGAGUAAAGCUCGUAGCAGGAAAAUUUGAAAGGUAUAAGAAAUCUUAAAGAAGCAGGCACUUUCUGAAUCAGUGUACAGAUGUCAACAUUUGAUCAAAUUACUACCUCCUCCCAACGUUGGUGUUCAGUCAGUACAUAUGUAUUUAAGGAAAUGAAAAGUAUGAGAAAUUUACCCAGCAUAUCAGAAAGUCAUAAAUGCUAUAUCUGGUAUCCAGAGCUUGGCAGUAAAAAAUUUUGUGUUCACUGUCUUUCCCUUUCUUUAGUUAGCAUUUUAAAAAAUGCAAAGCCUCAUACCUUGAAAUAUGUUAUUUCUAAUUGGGUUACCUUCCUUUUGAACAUAUUCUUUCUCCUGUUAUUAAAGUCAGUUCUAACCCCAAAUUAUAACUUCUUCAUUAUAUAGUAAUGUUAUCUGGAAAAUGUUUAUAUUAGUUUUAUCCAAAGCUGCCCUUCCUUUUAGGCAUUUUUAUGCCUAGAGAUGAAUAGUCCUGCAUUUGAUGCCACACCCACAGGUAUAAUAAAUAUGCUUGGCACUCUAUACCAAGGAUUUAUUGGUAAAUUAAACUUUUUAGUAUAAUCAUGAUUUUAAGCUGCCCAGACAACAGGUAAACACCAUUCAGUACACUAAAGAAACUGUCCUUGACACCCCUCCUACUCCCACCGAAUUUUCCUCAUCCCCUUCUCAAAAAUCAAAACCUCUAUGAGUGUCUUUUUCAGACCAUAAGGCAGACUUUAGUACUUCCUACUUCUUGAAGUACUAAAUGUCUGGCAUUUUAAACUUUUAUAAAAUACAUUGUGUUGGACACUGGAAUAAUACUGUUUAUUUUCACCUGUGAAAAAAUGACCUUAUUGUACUUGAAACACCUCCUUUGCAUUUCUCCAUUUGUGCCAUUCACUAGUGGAAAUAAAUUGUAUUAUACCAUGAUCUACUGGCUUUUUAAAACUGUGUUAAAUAUGCACAUUUUUGGUAUAGCUAUUAUCAUGUGUAUGUAUAUAUUGUAUAUACAUAUGAGUGUCUAUAUGUAUGUAUAGAUAGAUGGAUGUAACUCAUACUGUACAUUUCCAUCAGGGCACUUAAGGUUCUGUUAUUUUGUUUUGUUAUCUCAAAUCCUCAGUUUAGGCAAGAAUGCAUGUGUUUAAGAAUGAGUACUCUGGGGUGAUAUUUAUGAGAAGGUGGUCAUUAGAUGCAGUCUCUUCUUUUUUAAACCCCUUUUAGCACUUGCGUGGAUGGAAAGAAAAUUAAGUAAAAUGUGGAAACCUAAGUUGCAGAUGCAGUAAAAUAGUGCUGGGAAAGGAGCCAGUUAGUGUUUCUGUGAGUUUUUGUCAUGAUGCAGAGAGAAGUGAACCAAGGCAAUUAAAAACACUGGUGGUGAUUCCUCUGCGAAGAUGAUCAAAGAAACAGUGAAUCUUCACGUGCACUCUUGAAUAUUAGUGAUACCAUUGAUCCUCUUCCUCUUUUUACUCCACUAGCACCAAUAGCUAUGAGUUUUGCUAAGGACCAAAACAACCAAGAAAAGAAUGACUGCUGAAAGCAUCCAAGGUUCUCCUAAACUAUAAAAUGAGCAGGAAAUGGCCACUGGGAGAGAAGGGGAUGAUAUUGGCAGAGGGCUCUCUCCCUUUAGCUGCCCCUUCUUGCUUGCUAAUAGUAAGUUCUUGGUGCACCUUCCACCCCUUCUGAGCCACUACUGGUGAGGCAGAGAUUUGGCUCAACGCAGCAACCCUUUCCUAGGAGGUUUAUAUGGUCUCUUAUAUUGUCCCAUGCUGACAAUGUGGUGUGUCUAGUGUGUAUUCAAGUCAGAGAAUAAUACAUUUCAGGUGUAGAAUAUGAAUCUCCUAUAAUGAUGGAAGAAGAGGUUUUUGUUUCUUAGAUGGAAAACUACCUUCUUUAAGGAACAAAAGCAAAACUCGGGCUGUCAUCUUUGAGCUAUUUAUCAAAAUACAGAUCAUUCAUUAAAGAGAAACAAGUUCUCUGUUUUUAUUUCCCUCAUCUAACAUGAUAGUGCCCCAACCAGGUUGUAGCAUUGCCUUUGAAAAAGUACUCUUUCUUGUUAAGAACUGGAAAUUUCCCAUCCUCAGAUUCCUACAAGAAUGAAGAGUGUGUUGUACACUUAGCAGACUUGCCUCUUGUAUGCAAGGACUACUGAUUGAAGUCUAUUUUGCUGUGUGUCUGGUUAUGUUGUCUGCACUUUUAUGAAAUCACUACAGUAGACUACAUUGGACAUGACUAUUUGUAAAGAAGUAAGUUUUAUUAAAUACUUGCCUAGAAAAAGAAAGUGAAGCUGAGAACUCUUUAUUAUAUAUUUUUAUUUUCUACUGAAUUCUGAGAACCCCCUUUAAAGUCACAUUAAGUAGUUUUUCCCUCAUUUAUAUUUAGACUUCCAAAAUUUCACUCAAGGGAAGAGAACCCAUUUGGCCUAAUGGUAGCCUUCACAUCAUAAGAAAUAUAUAAAUUAGUUUGCACCUUAUCUGUCUAUUGUGGGUUUUUUAAACUUGCACUUCCCACCUACCCAAAAAAUAGAUGUUCUUUGGAGAAAAUAAAUGCAGAGAAGGAUACUAGGGAGCCAUUUACUAUGUCACCACCACUGUUAACUGUCUCCCAACAAUCCUAACUGAAGUUUCGGGGGGUGUGUGUGUGUGUGUGUGUGUGUGUGUGUGUGUGUGUGUGUGUGAAUGUGCCUGUGUUGGGUUUGUUUUGUUUUUAAAUACACAAGAGAUUUUCCUUUAGAGGAAUGUUAAUCCUCUCUGAAACAAGAUACCCACUGGAUAUACUAAUCUGAACAUCUGUAGGUAGUUUGCCAUGAAAAAGUGGAGAGAAUACAAGACUUCUGAAUGAAUGAAAAGGGUAUCUUGAUGCCCAAGAAUUUCCCCCAAAGUACGGGUAAUUCAACCUGCACAGUUUCCUUUUCACUCAUAGUUUUUAGCAAUUGUGAGUGAAAAGUCAUGUAAUUUUCUGUAAAUAUGUAGCUAACAAAUUGACCUAGUUUCUGUAUUUUUUGUUGGUUGGUUUUUGUACUAAAGUUUAUAAGUCUGUGCCAGCUAGAGAGGAGUUGCUGUCAUUGCCGAUUGUGGUCCUAGCAUCUAACCGUGAAACCAUCCUAGGUGACAUUUUUAGAAUUAAUGCUUAAAUGUUGUUAAAUGGGGAAAUGAAGCUCAAUCAUUGGUCAGGUUUAAGAUCUUCUGAAGUGAAGUCAUUUUAUUCAAUAUAAUGAUUACAUGUUCUCAAUCAUGAGUGAGGUGUAGGGAGCCUCCCUCCCCCAGUGGCCAUGUUUACAGAAGUGUGUUUUUGUCUAUAAAGUGCAAGAGUUUUAAUGUUUAUGUAAAUUAUGCAGGUAACACUAUGGCUUGGAAUUGUUUAUUGGGUUCUCUAGCUGAAUUUUCAAAUGAAAUGAACUAUUACUGGCACAUCAAUCCCAUUUCAGAGCAUUUUUCCUAUUUCCGGAAUUAUAUAUGUUCCUUUUUCAUUAUCCCCACUUAACUUUUCUUUGAUAUGCCUUGUAGCCCCACAGUAUUUAAGUCGGGAGAACAUAGACAAGGGAAAUGCAUUGUUAAAAAAUCUAUCAACCCUUAUUUGUAUUCUUUCAGUACUCGUAUGUUUCUAUGGCAACUCUGAGGUCAGUGGAGUUUAGAAAUGAGAUAGGAAUGUUAAUGAAAAGUGUGUGCUUUUUGCUUUUGCAUGGCUUGGCUUAGCACCACAGGUAUAUUAAGGCCACUUGAAAGCAUGAAGACCAGUUGUAUGGGAACAGAUUUCUCUCAGUGGCACAUUUUGCUUUUUCUGAGCCUGCAAAUAUAUUGCCUCCGCAUGAACAUUAUUGUUACUAUAAAUUGUCCAUGAUCAUGGAGUGAAUUGUGUGAUUAAAAAGAUGUAACUGCUUAAUAUUUGCAGCUUCUGGAUCCAUGUGACUGUUUGGCACAUUUGAAACAAAUGAAGGGAGGGGUAUUGGGACCCUUCCAACCCCCUUUUGUUUGUCACAGACAAGUAUAUUUAGUUUAAGAUGCGGGCUGCCCCAGCUGUGUCAUCAGACGGCUCUUCUUUUGGUGUCCAUUCCACGUGUGCUUCCUUGCAUUCAUAACAUCACAGAAACUACCACCUCUCCUCCCUAGUAGCAUUCAAUGUUAUAACUUUUAUUCUACAUUAAAUGGGACUUGUGCCUACUUAGAGUGCCCCUCCAAUUAAUUACAUACACAUGCCUAAAAUAAUCCAAGCAGAGUCACAAGGUGAGAAAUUUUUUAAAAAUCCACUUGAGGCCAGUAAAUUAUCUGACAAAGUAUUUUACCACAUUAUCUUGACACUUGACAUAUGAGCCUAUUAGGAAAUUGCAGGUGGUUUCAUAGAGCAAAAUCCAAGGGAAGAGGAAUAUGUGGGGUUUCUGUUAAGAGGUAACUUUGUUCUUAUUUUACCUUUCCUUUUAUGAUCUCUGCGAGGUUAGAAUAGGUUAAUUCUCCAAAUUUACUUUAUUUUUCAUCUUUUAGGGAAAUUUUUACGAAAGUGAUGGUCUGAUGUAAAUAACAUUUUAAAAUAAUAGUGCACAUAACUCCCCCAGACUAUUCCAACCUGAUAAUUUGUAAAUGCUUUAGAGUUUUUUAAAUUAACACUUGUGUUGCUAAAUCCUAUUUAUGUAAGUCUGCUAAAUUUUUUAACCCAUUUAAAACUUAAGACAAACAUUUAAAUAAUGGAUGGGUUACUCUGAGCAGUUUAGCUUUCAGAACCCCCUUGUUUUAGUAUAUGAAAAAGAUAGCCUAAUGCGCAUUAAUGAGGCUGGAGAGACUAUGAGAAAUAUGUAUAGUGUAUAUUUUAAAACAGCUUUGCUUGUAUUGUGAAGAUUUAAAAACAAACUUGAGAUUUUUAACGUAACUAUUAACACAGUUUUAACGUAAGUUAUCCCACUGGGUUUAAGAGCAUCUUGAAUGUAUAAUCCUUUUUGUAACCCAGGUUGGUUUCUGCUUUUACCAGUCAUCCAAACAUAUUAUUUAUGUUUUUAAUUUUAUAUAUUCAUUUCCCUUUGUUUUCUUCAACCAGCAUGAUUUUUUUGCACAUGUAUUGUAGAAAUUUUUAAAAAGAAUAUUAAUACAUCAUUUUCUCUGGGUUUUCUUCACUUCUCUCUUCCUUUCUACUAACCCCUUACUUUGAAGGCCAUAUCGCUCCAUUUGCAUUAUUCGUGCAAAUGCCAGGGUUGGUUUUUUAUUUUUAUUUUUGCUAUUUACCUAAAAAAGAAAAAUGCUUCAGUCAGUCGCUUUUUUUUAUUUAAAAAAGAAAAAAAAGAAAAGAAAAAAAAAGCUGUAACCUUAUCAUUUCUGAGUAGACCAUUGAGAGAUGAAUGCACACCUGUAAUAGCCCAGGACCAGCUUUGGUGGCUAAAGGGAAUGUUUUAACUAAGCAGGAUGUUCUUUUCUAAAAGUGGUGUAUAUUAUUCACAAUCUCUUUCAGUUAUUCCCACAAGUCGGGUCCAGAUAAAAUGAGGGUUAUCAGCAAACUGAUAAUGUUAUCAUUGAGGUUCAUCAAUGAAUUUGUACAUUUCUAGUUCCCUUUGGUGAAGGGAAAAAUGAUGAUUUUGCAAGACCUAGAUUUUGACUUGGUUUCUUGCCUCCUUUUUUGGCAGCCUACAUCUUCUCAUCUCCUAAAGCCCUUGAGCCUGUAGGGUUUUUGUAGUGGACGAAGGACUUGUGGUCUUUUAAAACUAGGACUGGUUCGUUGUUUUGGGGUAGGUUUUUUUUUGUGUGUGUGAGAGAUUAUCAUCUUGAAAGUGACGUUCUGCCACUUUACAGAUGACUAAUUUUAAAUAUACACAGUCCUCUCAAUUUUCGGACCAAACAGACACCCACAGUGGAGGCUUAUCAAGGGUUGCAAUGGGGAAGAAGCCUCUCCCUCACUGUCAGCACCAGCUGGUAAAGGUGACUGUACAGAUGUGCAUUUUCCUUCUGGUAGAAAUGGUCCACAGCACUAACUGGUAAGGCUUAUUGUACAGUAUAUUGUCAGUAUUCUUCUGGUUCAACAUACCUUAUAGUUCUUAUAUAACCUGUAUUAAUUGUAUAGAUUGUGCAUUUAAAGCUGUUACCAAGUUGUCAGAACAUAAGAGCGAAAACAAGGUCAUAUGUAAUAUUUUGUUUGUAAGUAUCCUUUGUAUAAUAGCAAAGGAAAUGUUUAAAAAAAUCAACUGUAAUAAAGUAAUUUUAGUACA